AUGUUGCUUCCUUUGACCAACAACCGAGGUAAGAUUGAGAAUGAGGAAUCAAACCUUGUCGAUAUUCUCAAUAAUUAUGACUGGUCAACAACCUCACUUGGUCCUAUGGACUCAUGGGAACCUGCAUUCAAAGCCUCUGUGAAUAUAUGCCUCCAAACCGCACUCCCUAUUGUUCUAUAUGUAGGUCCUGAUUGGACUUUGAUAUACAAUGAAGCGUGGAGAUCAAUGUUAAUGACAAAUAAUCAACAUGCCUUGGGAAAACCUGCUGCUCAGGUUUGGCCUGAAAUGUAUGACAAUGUUCUUAAACCAAAAUUAGAAAACAUAAGAGCAACAGGAAAAGGCAUAGUUGAAAAUGCUAAAUAUUUUAAAUUUCAACGCAAUGGAAAUGUUGAAGAAGCAUAUUUUGAUUAUUCACUUAGUCCAUUGUUCAAAUCUGACGGUACUGUUUGGGGUGUACUUAAUGCAAUGCGUGAUGUUACUCAAAAUGCUUUAAACAUACAGAGAUUAAGAACUCUUGAAGAACUUAGAAGUAGAACUUCUGAUGCUGUGUCCUUAGCUAGCUCCUGUGAAAUUAUGAAGACAGUUUUACACAAUAAUGCUGAUAUUCCUUAUGCAUUAAUUUAUCUUGUUGAAAAUAAUGAUAGUAAAAAAUCUUUGUCAGGUUUUAAAUCUCAUAUUGCUCAUUUAGCCAUUACAACUUUUGAUGAUGGCUAUAUAAAUGGGAAUGUUGUUUAUGGAAAAGUAAAAAGGCAUUUUCCUGACUAUUUUCCUGAAACUCCUGAAAUAAUUGAUUUAUCUAAGGAUAUAGAUGAGAAUUACAAUUAUAUAAAACAAGGACCUCCUGUAUGA